AUGCUGCCCCCGCCCAUCAACUUCCCCAAGUGGCUCAAGGAGAAUGGCCACCUCCUCAAGCCCCCUGUCGGCAACAAGUGCAUGUACAAGGGCGAAAACUUCAUUGUCAUGAUCGUCGGUGGACCCAACACGCGUACCGAUUUCCACAUCAACACUACUGAAGAGUGGUUUUACCAGUACAAGGGCGCCAUGACGCUCAAGGUCGUCGACGAGGGUGUCGUGCGGGACAUUAUCAUUGAGGAGGGCGACUUUUUCCUGCUUCCUGCCAACACCCCGCACUCGCCGCGCCGUGUUGCCGACACCAUCGGUGUGGUCCUGGAGAUGGUCCGUCCAGGCGACGCUCUCGACACCAUGAGGUGGCUGUGCCCCAACAAGGCCGCGCACGGCGAGGAGCUCGUCGUCAUCCAAAACGUCCAGUUCUACUGCUCCGACCUCGACACGCAGCUCAAGCCCCACCUCGACAAGUGGAUGGGCGACGAGGAGUGGCGCCGGUGCCCACAGUGUGGCGUGGCCGCGCCGGCAAAGUAG